AUGUCUUUAACAUACGAAAAAACCCAGAAACUAAUUGAUAUUAUUCAACAACACGCACGUAUUCAUGAUGUUGAAACUACCCGCAAAAAAUUAUUAAAAAUAGUCGAAGAUGGGCUUUCAAACUUGCAUAUUAUUUGUGAUUUUGAUUGUACAAUGACUAGAUACUUUCGAUCAAAUGGAGAACGUAACCCGGGUUCGCAUAACAUAUUAUCAUCAAGCUCUCGUUUGACACCCGAAGAAGAAAAAGCACCUUAUAUGAUUGAAUGGUGGAAUAAAGCUCAUGAACUUCUUAUAGGACAAAACAUCAAUAAAAAUGUUGUAAAAGAUAUGGUAGCUGAGACAGAAGUAGCGAUGAGACCAGGGUUGGAUGAAUUGAUUGAAAAAUGCAAGAACCAGAACGUUCCAUUUUUGGUAUUUUCGGCAGGACUUGGAGUUCUCGCCGCGAAGAAUCUUUUUCAUCCGAAUAACAUGCACAUUGUCUCUAAUCAAAUGGGAUUUAAUGAAGAAACUGGAAUAUGUGAUCAUUUCAAAGAACCAUUGAUACAUGUAUUUAACAAAAGUGAGGUAAUGAUAAAGAAUAGUCCUUAUCAUGAAAUUAUUGAGAAUCGUAGUAAUGUAAUUCUAAUGGGAGAUUCUAUUGGUGAUUUACAAAUUUGA